AUCAAGGUACGUCUAACGUCAGUGAACUGUCAUGGGAACUAGGUCGAAGAAAUAGUUGAUGUAUAAUUUAUUGAGCUAAUUUAAAGUAUUUUCUGCUAUUAAAAUAUAAUGUACACGGUACGUUUAAAAAUCCUGCUGAUGAUGUAAUUCUUAGUAAGUAACAAAUCAAUCAAUAACCUCGCUGGAAACCUAAUUGAAGGAGUCUAUGGGCUAAAGCAGCAAAAUGGCUGACAAGCACAGCAUGAACUAUGAUGUGCGGGAGCUGAAGCUUGGGUCGAGCUUCACCAACAACAAGACCUCACAGUACCACACCAUCAAGUAUGACUUCAAACCGGCGUCUGUGGAUGUGAACAAAAUGGCUACGGUCGACGUCGGAACUAAUAACCAAGUUACUGUCACUGUGCCACAUUUAGACGGCGCCGGCGUCCCACAGACGGUGUUCAAGGGCAGCCAGCGGCCGUACACCAAGGAGUGCGUGCUGAUCAUCGACCGCGUCACCGGAGAGAUCACGCUCGAGAAGCUCUCUAGCAACAUACAGGUCAAGAAGACGCGUCAGGAGAGCGUGUCGAAGCCGCGGCCGCUGACCCCCGUGGCGCCCGAGCUGCCCACCAACACCACGCAGCGCUCCACCAGCCGCACCAGGGUCGCAACCACGCGCCGCACCAACCAUCAGCCACCUGCACCAGCGCCGGGUCCGAUGCCGCCGGCGGCCGCGGCGGGCGGCGCAGGCGCGCGGUACGGGGCCCAGCCGCACAAGCCACAGCAUGUCGUCAACAUGGUGCGCUCACCCACACGGGUCAAGACCUCGCCGCCACAGGCUGCGCCUUGGUCUGGCGGAGGCAACAGCACUUUGGCUUCUCUGCCUAUGAUAGGUUUGGACGAUGCUCCGGCGCCGGCGCCCGCGGCCCCGCCUUCAUACCCUCAACCGUCGCUCUCGCGGCCUGACCGCAUGCCUGAGAGAAUGGAUCGCGCACCUGAGAGAAUGGACCGAGCACCAGAGAGAAUGGACCGUGCGCCGGAGAGAAUGGACCGGGGCCCAGAGAGAAUGGACCGUGUCUCUGAGAGAAUGGAUCGUGCGCCUGACAGAAUGGAUCGUGCGCCUGAAAGAAUGGAUCGUGCGCCUGAGAGGACCGACCGCGGAUUCAUGCCUGACAGACAUCAGCUCAAUUCGCAUCCACCUGCUCCUGCGCCGGUCCGCCAUCACUCGGAUAGCUCGUCGUCGUCAUCGAGUGACAGCGGCAGUGACUCCGGCAGCGACAGUGAUAGUGAGGACAACACUCCCACACCCAACAUGCACCAUGGCCUUACUAACGGUAACACGAGCAACCCCGCUUUGCCGAGCGACGUGCUCAACGACGACCUGUGCCUGUCGGAGUCGGGCAGCGACAGUGACUGACGCGCGGCGUCCCCGCCGUCCCCGC